AUGUGCUUCGCCGAGGCGGCAGUACAACGAUCUUCGUCACCAUCUUUGCUCAACACGACGAAGACUCGGCAGCUCACGGCGUCGAAGCGAGAAGAACAUCGGAUCAACGAGCAAAAGCUGCACCGCGACAUUGUCAAACGCCACGUUUUCGUCAUUCGGACUAAGUUGACCAUCACCUGUGAUUGCUGGCAAACAUGGCGCAAGUACUCGAUAUUGCCAUGA